UCUCUAUAAAUUCGAACUGUACAUUUUCAUAACACUACAGUAUUUCAUUGAUUUGAUUUGACUGAAGCAAAGAUAAAUCGUUUUACUAUCUUGAAUUUAUCAUGAUAACUCUUAUAUUAUCUGCAGACGUAACCAGUUCAGCGCCAGGCACAGACGUCACGGCCUUUCCAUUCAGACGCCUAACUGAUUCUUUGAGACGUAAGAAACGAGAUGAAGAGGGGGACGAGGGGGGCACGGAGGAGGAUGGCUGUGGUAAGGAAAAUUCGACAGAGCAGAGUAAUGCCGGAUCAGUUAAUCCUCGAUUUGAAAAUAUCAGGAAUGAUGCAACCUUCCCAUCCACUUUGGAGCCUACUUCGAGUUUAGAAGUAACAACGGAACUCCAUCGAACUGUUGAGCCUGACGUUAGUACACCAUGCAGCGGGCAAUGUGAGAACCCACAGGUACCUGCUACGACAGAUCGCCCCUCUGAUGUCUCUCCUAGAAGCACUUCGGUCCCAGUCGUAACGGAUCCACCACCGGAAGUAGAAGGCAACGUGUCCCAUGUAGUAGACCUGACUCUGGACACGUCAUACUUCAAAUCACCGGUGUUUGUGACCGGUCUGGAAAAGUGGCUCGCAUCAAAUGACGAGAUACCGGAUGAUCUAAACGAAGAACAGAAGUUGGAAUAUGCUAAGGAGUUCUUCGAUGUCUGUAACAACGUGUUCGAGGUUGAUCUAUUAGCUCUAGGAGAGACAGAUGCAGCAUCCAUCUUCGCAGACGCCUGCAGUCAUCUAGCUCAAGAUUUGACCUCUGACCUGAACAUCGGUGAAUCGGUGAACAUCUCUACGGCUCAUGUCGAUGUGUAUGCCUCGGUACAAAAAGGCAGUAAUUUCACUGGCUACGUGCAGGUGAUUGAAGACAACGAAGAUGUCAAUGACAGCGACGAUGAGUCCGAUGCCGUCCAGGUGGUCAUCAUCCCUCCCGAUGGCGUCAGUGGCCUUCAUCUUUCAGAGGAAGAUACCAUAGGAGUCUCAGUGGUGGUAUAUAAACGAGGACACUUCAUUGUAGACCAUCACAAUCAGUCAACCGACACGUCACAUCGGCCAGCUGGACCUGUAGUCUCAAUAACAGUCGCGGUUAAUGAUAAUGUGACAUCAGUACCUGUCGAAUUCAUUCUUGAGAAUGAUAUUUCUCAUCUUCUGCCAGCUGAUCAGUCAGAUUAUGAAUUGGGAAAUGUCUCCUGUAACUUCUGGGAUUCAACGGUCGAAGGGGAAGGAGAAUGGAACGACUACGGAUGUGAGGUUGUGAACGCAACGAGGGGAUUCACCCAAUGCGCCUGCAACCAUACCACACAUUUUGGAGUACUGCUGCAAGUCUGGCCUGUUGAGACCCCUGCGAAGGAUGAGCUUGCACUUAAUCUUAUUACGUACAUAGGUUCAGGAAUCUCAAUUGCUUGUCUUCUUCUAACCAUUCUUAUACUCAAUAUGCUCACUUCGCUGACGUCUGAUCGAGUGAAAAUUCAUAAGAAUCUAGUCACUGCCCUCACCAUUGCCCAAGGUUUGUUUCUGUCUCUAGAUGCUGCCAGCAGACAUAAGAUAAGCUGCAAAGCCAUUGCAAUCUGCCUUCAUUAUUUCUACCUGAGUGUCUUUUGCUGGAGCCUUUUGGAAGGCGUGAACCUCUACAUUCAAAUCGUGCAGGUGUUCUCAACGGGAAAGUCUCUGAAAUAUAGGCACUAUCUUCUCCUAGGAUGGGGCACUCCUAUACCUAUCGUUGUUAUCAGUGCCUGGACCAAGUGGAAAAUAUACGGCGUCGAAGGACAGUGCUGGCUAACUAUUGAGGACGGUCUCAUAUGGUCCUUUGCUGCUCCCGUUAUCGUGGUUAUAAGUGUCAAUUUGAUUGUUCUCAUCAUGGUUGUUCGUGUCAUCGUUAAGUCUGCUUCGGCCCACAAGAAAGAUAAUUAUGAUCACAUAAAAGCUGGGGUAAAAGGAGCACUUAUCUUGGUCCCAAUACUUGGUCUAGGAUGGGUAUUUGGUUUCCUCUCACUCGGCAGGGCUACACUCGUCUUCACUUAUCUCUUCGUUAUUAUAGUUGCUCUUCAGGGUGUUCUCAUCUUUCUACUCUAUUGUGCAUUCAACUCUGAGGUACGCGCUGCCCUGAGGAGAAAAGAUGAGAAAAGAAAAUUACGGAGGGGUGACGGGUUGAGUUCGGUGCCUACGCCCUCAUCGGGCAACUCGACACAGUCUAAUGAUACAUCAACCACGUUUGCUUCGAAGCUAAUUGAUAAAAUCAAAAGACGGAGGUCAUCGACCACGGCAGCGAGGAACACGCCCAUCGACAGAAUCGAGCUCGUGGAUCGGAGCGAUUCACCAUACAGCACUAGAGAAGUCGUUUUACACUCCAGAAAGACUGGCAGUAUAGAUUCUGGUUACAGUCAGAACCUUGUACAUACACCAAACUACAUUCCCGCAGACAGUACCGUGUCCAUUCGAACUGAAGUGGCAGCUGACGAGUUUAUUCCGCCGAACACACCUACCUAUGAUCAUUCCACCAUGCGAAUUGAAUGACUGUGACGUCAUACCAUGGACAUCCUUCAUAAAUCGUUGUUGAGUGGGGGGUCAUAAAUAUGUUUGAAAGCUAUUCACAUGGCUUUACGAACAAGUUAAGCUUGCUCUUGCGUGCCAAGUCAGAAUAAAAAAAUCUCUUGCGUGAUAUGUCAAAUAUCAUGGGGAAGGGGAACGAUUUCAGCGCCAACCGGACGACUGUAAAAUAAGAAAAUUUGUGAUAGUUUCGCUUCAUUUUCACAUCCUGUUCGUAAUGCAAAUAACGGAACCGAUGGCGUCACGCACUCGCCAUUUCUUUUGAAUUUAAUUAACUUAAAUGUGCAAUAUUUCAAUUUUCUCCUAUUUAAACUGUGAAUGGUCAGAGUACUCAGCCCCCCCCCCCCACCGUGUAAUAAUAGAUAUUCAUCCACGGCCAGGUGGGUGUUUCAUAAAGCUAUUUGUAACUAACGAAUGACUACGCACGACUGGUGAUCCUUUCUUUUACUGUAUGAUAUAUGUAGCUGACUUAGCACGUAAGAACAUGAUUCAGUCGUUUGUAAAGUCAUGCGGAGCUUUAAGAACAGCUUUAUGAAACAUACAACAGGGUUUUCGGAUUCCAGGGGCAUAAGAAAAUUAAUAUUGCCCUUUUUUGCACACAUAAAGUGUAAGCAUUUGUAAAUAUUUCGAGUACCACCAAUCGGGUGUAGUAAUAUUUAUGUGAUCUUUUUUGUUUCAUUCAUUAUAUUAAUGAAAUAACGAAAAAUAAACUUACAUCAGCCUUUGUAUAGCGACUAUAGUAUCUACACUCUAAAAACCUAUAAGGAAAAACGAGUGGAAAAGGGCUGAGGGGUAAUAGCAUUUUCCACUUUUUUUAAAACGCCGUCACUCCUUGGCCCUUUAAAGGUUGAUUUCCCCCUUUUCCAUCCUUUUUUUUUUUAGAGUGUAGAAAAGAAUAAGAUAUAAUUAACAUACAUCAAUGUCUCUCCAUACCUUGAAACUUGCUGCAACCAACUACUCUUCCAUUUUUAAUCUGUGAUAUACAGUGAUGCUCGAAGGUUAGUGAACCUCUCCAAAAUAAACAUAUUUAACAGGGGCCACAGACAAAAACAUAAAAAUGACCAUAUGAUUGU